CAGAGUAUCAAAAUAACUCCCCGUUCCAAAACCCAGUCUCUCCCUCUCUUCCUCUGGCCUCUACGAAACGAAAUCAACGGCAACAGCAACAGCAACAGCCGCAUCACAUCGUCAGAUCUCUCAGAGAGAGAAAGAGAGAGAGAGAGAGAGAGAAUGGCGGCCCUUUCUUCACGCCUCCGUCAUCUCGUCGCCUCUCGCACCUGCCCUUCUUCCUUGUUCCAGAUUCGGCAUCUUACCAGCAGAACCUUCGGAUCUCUCACGCGCUUGGCCAAUGCACAAAAUUCUUUAGUGGAGACCAUUGGUAAUGGAGUUGUGUUCAGGCCGUCGCCAGUAUCUUUGGUCAGUGGAUUUCCUGGAAGUCGUUCACUGGACAAGUUACAAGUUGGCGUCCGAUGUUUCUCAUCUGCCGCAGAAGUUCCUCCACACAUUGUUCUUGAAAUGCCGGCAUUGUCACCAACAAUGAAUCAAGGUAACAUUGCAAAAUGGAGGAAGAAAGAAGGGGAUAAGAUAGAAGUGGGUGAUGUGAUAUGCGAGAUAGAAACAGACAAAGCAACACUUGAAUUUGAAUGUCUUGAAGAGGGGUACUUGGCAAAGAUACUAGCACCUGAAGGUUCAAAGGAUGUGCUUGUUGGUCAACCUAUUGCCAUAACGGUUGAGGAUCCAGAUGAUAUUAAAAAAGUUCCAUCAACCAUAUCUACUAAAUCCAGUGGUUUGGAGGCCAAGGAAGCCAAAUCAACUCAAGGUCAUGUGGAAAAUGAAGGGAUGGCCCAGAAAAAAAGUUUCAGUAGAAUCAGUCCAUCAGCAAAGUUGUUGAUUACAGAAUUUGGAUUGGAUGCAUCUUCACUCACUGCAUCAGGCCCUCGUGGUACUCUUUUGAAGGGUGAUGUUUUAGCAGCAAUAAAGUCUGGGACAGGAUCUUCAAGAACUGUGGAUUCUUCUCAAGGGAAGACAUCUGCUUCAGCUCAAGCUUCACAGAAAACUGUUCAUACUCCGGCUUCAGAGUCAAGGUCUUCUUCACAGCCUGCCAAUACUCAUGAAGAUCUGCCGAACAGUCAAAUCCGCAAGGUGAUAGCAAAACGGUUGUUGGAAUCAAAACAAAGCACACCACAUUUUUAUUUGUCUUCAGAUGUUAUACUGGAUCCUCUACUUUCUUUCAGAAAGGAACUGAAAGAGCAGCAUGACGUUAAAGUUUCAGUAAAUGACAUUGUCAUCAAAGCUGUUGCACUAGCUCUGAGAAAUGUCCCUGAAGCAAAUGCUUACUGGAAUGAUGAGAAAGGAGAGGCCACCUUGUGCGAUUCUGUCGAUAUAUCAGUUGCAGUGGCUACUGAAAAGGGCUUGAUGACUCCGAUUGUAAGGAAUGCAGAUCAAAAGACUUUGUCAGCAAUCUCCUUGGAGGUAAAGGCAUUGGCUGAAAAGGCACGAUCUGGGAAGCUUACUCCUAAUGAGUUUCAAGGUGGUACAUUCAGCAUUUCAAAUCUGGGAAUGUAUCCUGUGGACAAUUUUUGUGCAAUUAUAAAUCCCCCACAGGCCUGCAUUUUGGCUGUAGGUAGAGGUAACAAGGUUGUCGAACCUAUGGCCGGCAUUGAUGGGGCAGAGAAACCUACGGUUGUCACGAAAAUGAACUUGACCUUAUCUGCUGACAAUCGCGUUUUUGAUGCCAGCAUAGGAGGUAGGUUCCUCUUGGCCUUGUCUUUGAACUUCAGUGACAUUCGGAGACUUUUCUUAUGAAAAAACAACGGUAGUUUUGAGCUCAUGAAUCAAUGAAUGACACAUAACGGAUCUUCAUAACAGGCCUUCUAAUGCAGAAGGACAUCUGUUUUGUCUCAUCUGAGUUGUUUGAGGGCAUCCAGCCCCAUUUGAUUUGCUUUUCUUUUCCUGUUUCUAUUAACAGAAUUUUGUUUUCAAUUUAAGGCCCAGCUGAACUUGAAUGGGCUAUUGAAGUAUCCCAAAAUGUCAAUUAUAUAGCUGGGGUUUCUUGUACGUAAAACUAAGAUUCCCCUUUUGGGGGGUCCAUGUUAUGUGUUUUUUUUAUUUUUUAUUUUUUCUCAAGGAUUGCGAGGGCAUGCUAUAAAAUGGUUCUUUUAUAUACAUAAAUAUAAAUCUACAUAUGGUGAA